GAAAACUCUUAACUUUUAAUUGCGUGUAGAACAAGAGGUAAUUUAGGAUAACGCAAAUCUCCAUAGUGGUUAGCCAAUCCCAUAAAUCACAUUACCACAUGAGGAGAAGAAACGGAACUAUACUUUUUGUUUUUUUUUUUUAACGUCUGAUUAAUUAUGCUAUUACAACGAUGAUAAAUAUUACAUACACGAUUCUACAGCCGACAAUUCUACCAUCAUAUGAGAAUGCACGUCUGACUGCAUCGCUCGAGCCGCCCUAUGAGAUCCAUGUUCGAUGAUACGCCCUUGCACCAUGCUGAAGACCUCUUGUAAUCAUUUUCUCCAUGAUCUGCAUAAUUUGCGUUUUCUGGGGUUUGAACCCCAGACCUCCUGGUGUAGAAAUAUUAAUGAACCCUUAGUCAAACCACUGGACUAAGGGGUCUUCCACAACUAGGCUUUUUGUUUGAAACCGGUAAAACGAAAUUAAAAUUUUAGUUGAUAGAUUUAAAUUUAAAAUUAACCAAAUAAUAGUUGGGAAGGUUGUCAUUAAAUUACAAAAGCUAGAUAUGGGGUACGAUCUCACAAAAUUUAAAACAUUUGGGGCUUAGUGCUAUUAACUGUAAAAUGCGAACCAAAAUAAAAAAAAAAAGUAUAUAGAGAAGAUAGAUUUUGAGGGAGAACGAGGAACAAUAGUUUUGGCGGUAUUAGGGUUUGACAUGGCUUCAUCGAGUAGAAAAGAUUACGAAAUCAUCAGUGAUCCGUUCGAUCCACGAUGUGUGGUUGCAUGCUUUAUACGUCUCCAACGACAGACCGACAAGGAGAAGCUUCUGUUGGAGAGGAUCCGAGGGAAAGAGGACAGUACGAGUCAGAAGUACACAGAUCAGGAGGAGCGCAGUCUCAUCAACGAACAGAUAAAGAAACUGAUAGGCAGUUUUUCGGAAGAUUGGCUCAGGAAUCCAUUGCAGCUUACAACAUUAGAGAGGGGACCAGUUUUGAAUUUGUUGAGGUCGAGAAAGCAAAUCUGUACAGGAAUAAAGGAGAGAUUGAGCACAGCUUCUGCAGGCUUAAACCAGGUCAACAAGUAGAAUGCAAGGAAGAUUCUAAGAGAGUUGUGAAGAAACCAAGGUAUAAUACAAGAUCGAACAAGCGUGCGUGCCGAUGUCAUUAAGGGAUUGAUUUCCUAUUUGUAGGACAACUACUAAAAUAUAACAAAAAAAAUUAUCCAUUUGUUUUGUGUCCAGACGUUUACAUCUUACGAUGAUAGGAUACCAGCCAAUAAUUAAUUAGCGGUAGAUAAUCAUCACAAACGAGUUUUGAGUUUUUGGGCUCGUGAGCUCAUAAGCUUGAUGGGCAUUACUAUU